AUCUCAAACACAACCCGCAAUUACGCAACAAUACCAACUCAACCACUCCAAACAAUAUUCUUCGUCACACUAUCUCUCCGUUUCUCUUUUCCUUUUCAAAUUGAACUCAUAUUUCAUACAUGGAAAAUAAGACGAAGAAAGAGGUCAGAAAUGAUGGUUAUGACAGCGAGGAAGAAAAAGAAGAGAUGAAGAUAGAGAAGUUCUACUCUCUGCUAAGAAGCUUCCGUGAAGCCCGUGAUAGACUACGCCGGAGGGAAGAACUACAUGAUCAUAUAGAUCAAAACGAGAGCAACAAGAAAAGGAUGAAGAAGACAGAGCCUUGUUUUGAAUUGCAGGAUUUCACUACAGAAAUUCACUUUCCAUUGAAUUUUCCUGAUCCAGUAAAAAACAACAACGGUGAGAAGAAGAAGAAAGAACAACUCAAGGAACAUGCUCUUGACCUUAAACUCUCGCUCUCUAACUAGCGUCUCUCUUUAUUUUUCGUCUUUGGUUAUGUUAUGCUUCAUUAUUCAUGGACCAUGAAACUAUCGAAUUUUGAAGUGACGAAGUUUUCUUUACAAUUCGGACAUAUUUUUAUCUAUUAUCUAAUUUCUUUAAAA